ACUGCUAUUUUGUGCAUAAUUUAUUCACUAUGUGUGUUAAACGCAUGCGAGUAGUUUCGUAGCACGUAUAGUUUUAAAUAAUAGAAAUUACGACUGAAUUAUUUAUCGCAGUUAAUAUAAAAUAAAAUGACAAAUACAAUGAUUUGUUAGUGUUUAUUACACGUUCAUAUUAUUGUUGAUUUGUGAUUUAUUUCGAAGUAUUAGUGAGAAAUAUGUCGAAAGAAGCGGCGGGUUCCGCUUUGGACGAAGUUUGGAGGAAAUUGGGUCCAUUUGGUAAAUACACGGUUGUGAAUUAUGCACUUUUGCUUAUUCCAUGUUAUUUGUACGGAAUGUACGGGUCUGUGUAUAAUUUUGAAGCUAUGGAUAUAAACUACAGAUGCGAGAUACCGGAAUGCGAAGGUGCAAACGAAGCUAUUUGGCUCGAAUACGCUAUUCCGAAAGAAAACAACAAAUUCGAGAGGUGUAAGAGAUUCCUAUAUAAUGGCACAGAUAAGUGUGAAGUUAGUGGGUUUUCUACUAUUCAAGAGGGAUGUGAUUCUUAUGUGUACAGCGAUGAAGACUCCGUGGUUAAAGAUUUCAACCUUGGCUGCCAAAAUUGGAAGAGGACUUUAAUAGGUACAAUGUAUGGAGCAGGCUUUUUCAUAUCUCUCCCUAUUACUGGGAUAUUAUCUGAUCAAUUUGGGAGAGUAAAGGCAAUGGCUGUAGCGUCUUUUUUAUGUGGUAUAUGUGGAGUUAUAAGAUCAUUCUCUACUAGUUACAUUAUGCUGAUUGCUACAGAGUUCCUUGAGACUGCCUUAGGCGCGGGGGCUUAUAAUGCUGCGUUUGUUUUUGCGAUGGAACUAGUACAGCCAAAAGGACGAGUUUUUGGUAAUACAUUAAUAAAUUUCGCAUACAUAUGUGGUACAAUGACCCUAUCACUACUCGCGUGGUACCUUCAAAACUGGAGAUAUCUACUCCGAUGCAUUUAUACACCAGCAAUUUUGGUUAUAUCUUACUUAUUUUUUCUCAAAGAAAACCCUCGAUGGCUUCUUUGUAAAGGAAGGUACGAAGAUGCUCUCUCAGUAAUAAACAAAGCAGAAAAAUUGAAUAAUAUCAAACUACCAGAAGAUCUAUUAACUUCUUUAAGGUCAGAAUCUGACGUGAAAAACAAAAAGGAAGAAAACGAAAACAAAGAAACGCUCGUAUCAGUUCUAAAGGAAGUUAUACGAUCAAAGACAAUAGCUUCUAGACUGAUGUUAUGCUGUUACCUUUGGGUAACUUGUUCAUUUACGUACUAUGGCUUAUCAAUAAAUUCAGUCUUUUUGGCUGGUAAUAGGUAUUUGAAUUUCCUCCUGGUAGUGUUUGUUGAGAUACCAGCAAAUGCUAUUUGCUUGCUAGUGCUGGACAGGUUUGGCAGGAAGAAAGUUCUGGUCAUCGUGUAUAUGUUAAGCGCAAUAUUUUGUAUGAGCUUAUCUUUUAUACCUAAAGAAACAUCAAUCUGGCCUUUACUUCUGUACUUAGGUGGCAAGUUUUCCAUAACAAUAGCCUACAGUACAGUGUAUGUGACGGUCUCUGAGGUGUUCCCAACCAACGCUAGACAAUCUCUACUCGCUUUCUGUGCGACAACUGGCCGCGUUGGUUCAACUUUAGCACCACAGACACCUUUGUUGGCAUUAUACUACCACAAUCUACCAACAAUAUUCUUCGGAAGUGUGGCCCUGCUAGCUAGUGCUUUAGCCCUGACUUUACCCGAGACAAUAAACGUGACCUUACCUGAUAAUAUAGAAGAAGCCAAACAGAUGUCUAAAUUAAAACAAGCUGCCAAAGAUUAAAUUUAAAUUACUAUAAUAUUAUAAUGUAUUAUUUUGUUUGUGUUAUGAGUAUACGAGGAAAUAUAAGUUAAAAUGUGUCUUAAUACUCAUUUUUCUAUGGUCAUACUUUUGUUUGUUUAUUUAUGUUAAAACUUAAGAAAUAUGUUUAAUGAAUUAUACAAUUAUUUUAUACUUUA